AUGUCUUCAGAACGCAAACUCACGAUAACUUAUACGCUGAACCCUCCGGAGGGAACUAUUACACCACUGUCCAAAAAAACUGGUCAAUCGAUCCCACCUUCCGAUACGAUCGCCUUCUCCGUGAGCAAGGAAGGCCAGGUAGAUUAUAAACAAGUUGUCGCCGCCAUUCAACAGGCGAAAGAAAUAACUGGGAUUAAUAUAUUAACUCCUUGGAGGGAUGCAGUAGGCGACAAAGAAGCCGGCAAGGAUCAGAAAAAGACCACCACUGCCGAUAGUCCAGAUGAAGAGGAUGAGGACGAGGAAUCAAAUGCAGAGGCGGCAUAA